CAUCAUCCAUGGACGCACAGCCGGGCCACCAUGUCCAUCCUCUCGCCACCUGACGCAGCAGCUGCUCCUCAAGGAGUCGCUCAUGGAGGCCGCGCGCAAGGAGGAGGGCGGCGGCAGCCGCGGAGACGACAAGCUGCCGCAGGUGGUGUUCGACCGCAUCCUUCGGCGUCAGAUGGUGUACGACGCGCUCAACCGCGGGGGCCGGGCGGAGGUGCCGUCGUGGGUCCAGCUGCUCACCAUCCUCCUUUCCUUCGGCACGUCGGCGCUCGGCAUCGCCUACUGCUCCUCGUCACAGCCGCACAGAUGCAGCAGCUCCCCACAGCCGCACAGAUCCGGCAGCUCCUCACCGCCACAGUUCCUCUUCCGGCAGCUCCUCCUACUCGAGCAGCUCCUCCGGCGGUAAAAAUCGAAUCUUGGGACGACGAAGCAGCGACGACGCGAGAGAAAGAGGGCAGCGGC